AUGCUAUUGUCGCUGAAACUCUGGGUCCCACAGACGUACAUCCGUAGCGCACAGGCAGAUCCGAAACCUGCCCAUCCCUUACCACGGCGCAUUGAACUAUCCAUUCAACAAGAAACCGACACACUGAUCACCUACCUGCUCCUGCUGACUCAACCCCACACUCGCUCUCACUCACUCCUGACCCUACAUCCCCCUGACUCCCCCCCUCCUACUCCACCUCCAGCAAGACCCCACCCGUAUGACCGAGCGCCCGGUGGCGCGACAACCAGCUCCGACACUGUACCCCCCCCCCACUACCCCCAUCUGACACACCCUCCCCUCUGGAUCCCUCGCCUCCCUUAUUCCCUGCCCCCCACUGAUGACCCCACCUGCCUGAACCUCCCCUCAUACGGAGGCCGCCUGAGACUCCUCCCCCAGCAUCCCCAAGCCGAUGAUCAUCACCCGUCGUACGAUUUCGGCCCCGCCCCGCAUCUGACCGGAGCCCACCCGACUUCCAGAACCACAAGAUCAUAA